AUGACUGAUACACUACAUCAUUUAGUCGUUGAUGGAAAUGAAGUUUUGGAAUUAAAACUGGUUCGUUCAGUUGAAGACAUUGAAAAUGAUGAAGCUAGUUUUGGUCCAGAAAUGUGUCAUCAAGUUUUUGGAGAAAAUGAGAAUAUUUUCGGAUACACGAACUUACACAUUAAGCUUUUUUAUAGUGCAGGCAGUCUUCAGACAUAUCUUGGGAUAGAAUAUACAGAUAAGAUUGAGCCCAGUAAGUCGGGAGGAAUGAAAGCAGAUGAUGUAGAAGGGGCCCUUAGGAAUGUUUUAGCCCCUGGCUAUGUGACUAAUUUAGAUAAUUUCAUUUCAAUGUUGGAGAAGGACCAGCAUUUUAAACCACAUGGUUGUCUCUUACAUUCAUUUCCUAUUAACACCCGUGAUGGUGGAGAUAAGCGCACAUUUGAAGUGUAUUAUUGUGAAACAUCAACACCUGGUUUCUUAGCAUACCAUCAGCGUCUGCAAACUUUCCUCUUGUGGUAUGUUGAUGCCGCAUCAUUUAUCGAUGUUGAUGAUGACCAGUGGACAUUCUUCACUUUAUUUGAGAAGUACCACAAUAGUAAUGGCGAUGUGCGUUAUGCCACAGCAGCAUACGCCACAGUGUAUCGUUACUAUGCCUAUCCACGACACACAAGACCAAGGGUGUCACAAGUCCUAACAUUGCCACCUUAUCAAAAACUGGGUUUAUGUGCAGAACUUCUACAGGCAAUAUAUUCACAUUUUAUACCUCAACCAGAAGUUAUAGAUAUCACCGUUGAAGAUCCAUCUCAAGAAUUUCAGAGAAUACGGGAUUAUGUAGAUGCUAAGAACUGCGAUACAUUACCUGCGUUUCAACCAGCUAAGCUUUUGCAAGGAUUCACACCAGAAAUGGCUACACAGGCGUGUAAUAAAUUCAAAAUAAAUAAAAAACAAGCGCGUCGCAUUUACGAAAUAUUAAGGCUCAAAAGUACGAAUACAUCGGACAAGACUGCAUACUUGAAUUUCAGAUUGGAUGUUAAAAAUAGACUCAAUGCUCCAUUUCAGAAAAAGAAACUGGAAAUGAAAAAGUUGCAGAAAGUGUUGAAGCCUGAAGAGUAUGCAGCAACAAUAAGCUCAACUGGUGCCAAUGAGACUCAGGGUCGCCUGGCCAGCCAGUACUUAUCAUUGGAGGAAGAAUACCGGCGCGUCAUCCACAGAAUGGAGCAGGAU